CUCCGUUCACAGAUCCAUCCACUACUAUGUCCGACUUCCCCCUCCUGCUGCUGCUGGUGGCCCUCCUCUCACCAUUGCUGUCGGCAGUAGGGGCCUUCACACCAUCAGUCCACCCCUCAGCGCUGCACAGGCACAGGCCGGCAACGCUGGCUUACGUCGACCAGCACACGCGGCACCGCUCAUCGCUGAGGAUGCAGCAGACAUCGACAGAAACCGAUGUGGCUGCGGCGGGGGAAGGGGUCAAGACGGCUGGCGCCAAGAGGGCAAGACUGAUCAUCGGCACACGAGGGUCACCUUUAGCUCUCGCACAGGCUCACGAGACGAAGCGGCGGUUGGGCGAGGCCUUCCCCGAGUUGGCCGAGGAGGGAGCCGUCGAGCUUAAGAUCAUCAAGACCACCGGUGGGUCAGACAGCCACAGCCACUUGCUGUGUGUGUGAGGGGUCUGUUAUGGUGUGUUGUUUUGUGAUGGAAUGCCUGUAGGUGACGAGAGGCUGGACAUCGCCUUAGCUGAGAUCGGCGGCAAGGGUCUCUUCACCAAGGAACUCGAUGUGGCGCUGCUCGCAAAGGUAUCUGCACACACCUUUUUUGAAGGGUGGAUGAGUGGCUGUGGUGUUGUGCGUUCUGUGGUUGUGCUGUCUGUGCAGGAGGUGGACAUCUGUGUGCAUUCGAUGAAGGACGUCCCGACGUACCUGCCUGAGGGCACCGUGCUGGCGUGCAACCUCCCCAGGGAAGACACGCGGGACGUCUUCAUCUCACGCAAAGCAAAAACCAUCAGGCAUGCCAUGCACACCACAGUGACGCGACACACGUGACUUGGAUCCACCCCACCACGCGAUACGAUGUGGCUUUGCUUUGUGUGUGCCCAGGGAGUUGCCUGACGGUUCGGUGGUGGGGUCCGCGUCGCUGCGGCGGCAGGCACAGAUCCUCGCCAUCAACCCAACGCUCAAAGUCGUCAACUUCAGGGGCAACGUACAAACAAGACUGAAGAAACUGGAGGUCAGUGGCAGGCAGCCGCGCAGACACAGACAGACAGGUGUGGUGUGGUAUGGUACCAGUGCAUUGGUCUGUCUUUCUCUCUGUGCUGUGUGUGCGUGUGUGUGGAUGUGAUGUUGGAUGUAGGCCGGUGAGGUGGAUGCGACCAUGCUGGCGCUGGCCGGUCUGAAGCGGAUGAGCAUGGAGGGCGAAGCGACCAGCAUUGUCGACAAAGACGACGUCCUCCCCGCCGUCGCACAGGGGGCCAUCGGCAUACAGGUAAGCACGUACAAGGGUGCAUUGCAUCCUAAGGGCCACACGUUGGCCACCAACGUCUGUCGCAUGCAUUCGUUCCCUCUCUCGUUAAUUAAACACACAGUGUCGGAGUGACGACACACAGAUCCUCGAGUGGAUCGACGCGCUCAACUGCCCCGACACCAAGAGGUACGCCCACCCCGCUCACCGACCCAUCCCAUUAGGGCAACGCACAUAUUCGGCACAUGCACACUCUCUCUCCCAUUCUCUCUCUCUCAUUGUCUGUCUGUCUGUCUGUCUGUCUGUCAGGUGUGUGGACUGCGAGCGUGCCUUCCUGGCGCAGCUGGACGGCAACUGCCGGACGCCCAUAGCGGGGCAGGCGCGCGUGGAGCCCGACGGCCGGCUCAAGUUCAGGGGGCUGAUCGCAUCCCCCGACGGCAAGCGCAUCAUCAACGUCGACAAGGAGGGGCCGGCACAAGACGCCGUCAACAUCGGCAAGCAGGUACGGUGGCACACACGGAUGGACGAAGGGAGUCAGGGAGGGAGACCAGGUGCGAGUACAUCACAUCCAUGUGUUGUGUUGGGUUGGGUAUGGUAUGCAGGCGGGUGAGGAGUUGCGUGCGACAUGCGGCGAGGAGUUCCUGAAGGAGAUCCAGGAGCAGGUCGGGCAGGCAUUCCUCAAGACGCCUACCAUAGGCAGCGGACCGACAGCAUAGCCAGCCUGUGCUUUGCCAGUGUCCCCUCCCCACUCACUACUCACUCUUGUCUGUCUGCACCUCCCUACCCCUGCCCUCCCCUCCCUGUGUGCGCCUCCGAGUACGCAACAGUGUGCGCCGCUGGCUUGGGGUGCGUGGUGUGUCGAUGUGUGUCUGUCUGUCUGUCUGUCUGUCUGUGUCACUGGUGUGAAUACAUUGACUCUCU